UAAGCAAUUCCUAUCUAUAAAACGGUAGAGCUACUCAUGUAAUGAUGAAUCACACUUGUUAUUGUAACAUAGAAGAGAGAUGAGCCUUAAAGGAGAUGUUUUUCAUGAGUUCUUUAGGCAAAGACCACACCAUCUCUCAAACAUAUGCCCUGAUAAGAUACAAAAUGUGAAUAUUCAUGAAGGUGAAUGGGGCACUGUUGGCUCUAUUAAUUUUUGGAACUUCACCCAUGAUGAAAUAGAGAAGGUGGCAAAGGAAAUAGUUGAAGAAAUAGAUGAAGAAAAGAAGUUGAUUAAAAAAAAUGAUGUUUCGGAAAUGUUGAAAACUCCUGCUUUGGGAGUUGUGGCAAUUCGGGCUUUGAAAUUUCAGAGAAUUCAGAAAGAUGCGUCAUAUAUCAUAGAAAAAAUGAGUCUCGAAGGUAAGUUGGUUUCUGAAAUAAAUAUCAAAUGUGAUGGAGAUGUGUUCCAUGAAACAAUUAUGUACAAACCACAUUAUAUGUGCAACAUAUGCCCUGAUAAGAUACAAAAUGUGGAUAUUCAUAAAGGUGAUUUGGGUACUAUUGGCUCUGUUAGGUUCUGGAAAUUCACACAUGAUGGGAAAGAGAUGGUGGCAAAGGAAGUUAUUGAAAAAAUAGAUGAAGAAAAGAAGUUGGUUAAAAAAAAGAUGAUUGAAGGAGAUAUGUUAGAAUAUUAUGAAUCAUUUUACCUCACUAUUCAUGUUGAGACAAAGGAUGAAAAUAACUUAGUUACUUGGAUUUUGGAAUAUGAAAAGAAGAAUGUACAUGUGCCUGAUCCACACACUUUCAUGGAAUUGUGUAUCAAUAUCACUAAAGAUAUUGAGAGUUACCACAUCAAGUGAUACAUAAAUACAUAUAUGUACGUACUUGAUAUAAUAUUAUGUGGUGUGGUUAAUGAGUUUUCUUUGAAAUAUCUAAUAUAUAUGUAGAGAAAAUAAAGGGAGUGGAUAUUGAUAAAUAAAAAUAUAUGAAAGUGUUAUAAACAAUUUGUGUUAUAGUGAAUGUCUAAUUAUGUGUAGUCCUUGUAUGAUAUGGUUAGGAAUCCUACUUGGAGACCAAGUAGGGUUUUCCAUAUACAUAAAGGGUUUUCCUUAAUUGUAAAUAAGAUCAUUGAUAGAUCAAUGAAUCCUGAAUAUACUUCAAGAUGAAUAAAAAAUCUUUCUCUUUUCCCUA